AUGUCUCAAUACGGCGCCUCGUCAUACGCCACUCGCCAGCCCCAUACUUCGCAGGCUAAUGGUUUUGCAAAGCCCGUGCGAUCGCCUACCUGGGAUUCAAUGAACCAGUCUUACGAGAACGACCAAUCGUACCUCUCCUCCGACCGCAUGAACGAGCUGCACCGAAAACCAAGCGGAGACAUGAACGCCAUCAGUAAUGACCCCGACAGUGUGAUGGAGUACUACAAAAGCCACAACACCAAUAAGAAGAGCACCGCGGCGUCUUUAAAGGGCAAGCCCAAGAAGAAGACAUCUAAGGGUGGCCCAGGGGACCCAAACUGGACGGCAGUCGAGCACGACCAGAACAACUGGAUACACCGCGACAAGCUAAAGGAGAUUGAGACGAAAGAGCUUGAGGCGGCUGGCUUCAGGGUCGGAGGACGAGCCAGCGGGACGAACAGCCGCUCGCAGAGUACAACCCGCAAACCCCGCGAUCGCAGAGGCUCAGAAGCCGCAGGGCAAAACCAGACUGGCGAUGAGCGCCAUGACGGUCGACGAGUAGUAUCCCCAAUACCGGCUGAAGACGAGGAUGCAUUAGACCAGGACCACAGCUGGAGGAACUCUACAACGUUCGAGGAGCUGGCGGCAGGAGGAGGCCAGCCUGCCUCACCACGAGCAACUACCCACAACGGCAGGCCUAGCACAUCCCGUAUACCUCUUCCGAAGACGAGUGGUCUACCGGUACCAGCCUCCGCUGCUGACCGCGACGCACCGUUAUCUCGAUCACGGGCCGGUAGUGGCAACUGGAAUGGUGAUGCUAUUGCGGCUAAUGCAAAACCCACUGGCAAGACUGGUCCUCCUGGCAACCGCAAGACUAGUGCGAAGACGCAGCCAAAGGGUCGAAAUGUGUCCGGAACAUCGCCGCCAAAGCGUCCAGGCACAAGUGGAGCUGCAGCUGCAAUUCGUCCGGUCACUAGUCACAAGCCUGAGGGCGAGGCUCCAUGGAUAGCUACGAUGUACAAGCCAGAUCCGCGCCUGCCUCCGGAUCAGCAAAUUAUUCCUACGCACGCCAAACGCAUGCAACAGGAGCAGUGGGAGAAUGAGGGCAGAGUGGGAUCCAUGUAUGACAAGGACUUCCGACUCCUGAACACAGAGGACAUGGAUGGCAAGCGCCUAUCACAAAUCGACCCAAUUGCUCUUGAGAAAGAACGCGAGCGCGAGAACGGUCAAUGGCCAUUGCCCAGUCCAGAGAAGUCGGCCUCACCAGACCCAUCUCUCGAGAAGACCGACACCAAAGCCAACGAGCAGGGCGGUGCAUACAAAUUGACUCCAACCAUUCCGCAAGGUCCACGCGUCCCUUCACCCAAACUCGCGCCUCCCAUUGAACCAGCAGCAUCGCACCCGCAGACACACGACUUCCCGAGCCAGUCGAGAGCAGGAAAAGAAGGGGUGUGCUGCAUCGUCAUGUAG